AUGGCCACGCUCUGGUGUGCUGGAGCCGUUUUCCUCCCCACAACCUUGGCUAGUUUACUUCGACGCGAGAGGGGCGAGCGUCCAGAGCGCGUAGACAGCCUGUCUGGCGCUAGCCCCUCGAUCCCCGGUUGUGGUACCGGGCCAGUCUACAACUGGCGCGUCUGCGGCGCCGAAAAGUCGGGGCCAAUUUGCCUGGCCUCACUUCAACCCUCCUCGACGGGCUCGGAAACCGACGGAGGCAACCGCGUUGAGCGGUUCCAAGGGCCCGGCAACCCGGUCUGGCGGGUUGAAGUUGGGCCGACCUGCCCGCCAGGGGUCAGGGUGAGGACACCGCCGUCUUCUGGUACCGGACCACUUCUGACAAGCGGACACCGCACUGUAGCUGUACCAGAGCGUGCCUCGCCUCUUUCGGCCGCCUUGCCGACGGUACAGACACAGCGAAACCCGAGCGUGCAAAUGUGUGUGCGCAACGGCGGAGUUGUCUACGCCCGGGCCUGA